ACCGCGUCAUUAAAGUCACAACAUCUGACAAAGAUAACCCCUAGGGCUACUCGACGCAACUAUAUAAGUAGAGGAGCAGACAGAAUCCUUUACCAGACCUCCAAGCAUUUGGAAAACAUCAUACAAGAUCGACCUGAAAGAAUGAAGGUUUCCGCUGUCAUUGUGCUGUUCUGCUUGGUGGCUACCAGCCUCGCUAGCUUCUACUACCCACCUAAGAUCGCUAAGGUCAUCGUCAUUCCUAAAUACGGCUAUGGAAACUAUGGUGGCUAUGGAGGCUACGGAGGCUACGGAGGCUAUGGAGGCUAUGGUGGUUACGGAGGAAUCGGCGGCUUUGGCGGCGGCUUCGGCGGCGGCAUCGGCGGCGGCAUCGGCGGCAUCGGCGGUAUUGGCCUCCUAGGCGGUGGUCUAGGUCUUGGAGGAGGUUUUGGAGGAUUCGGUGGUGGUCAUGGAGGCAAAUACUAUUGAUAUUACUGAUGGAUCACACAGUCGUGUCUCACACACAAGGUCUUGGAGCUUAAUGUUGAUGUCGACAUCAGCGAACAUUCAUAGUUACCGUACUAUAAUGCACUCUUGGCUACAUCAAUAAAGUUUCUUGAACGCAU